AGGCGGAGGAGCAGCGCGAGGAGGAGGGAGGAUGAAUUCGGUGGAUGGAGGAGGAGAAGCGGGCCCGGACGGCCUGGCGACGGCAGGUUCUGGUAAAGCAGAGUGCGUUCGGGCGGUCGACGUCCUGACAGUGCUCAGAGAGAAAGUGGCCUUCGUGUCAGGUGGACGGGACAAACGUGGUGGACCAAUCCUGACCUUCCCUGCCAGGACCAAUCACGAUCGAAUAAAACAAGAAGACCUCAGCCGAUUGGUCACUUACCUGGCGACCAUACCCAGUGAGGAUGUGCGUGCUCGUGGCUUCACCGUGGUGGUGGACAUGCGCGGCAGUAAGUGGGACAGCGUCAAACCGGUUCUACGGACGCUGCAGGAGUCGUUUUCCUCCAACAUCCACACGGCGCUGCUCAUCAAACCAGACACCUUCUGGCAGAAACACAAGACCAACCUGGGCAGCGCCAAGCUCAGCUUCGAGACCAGCCUGGUGUCAGUGGAGGGUCUGUCCCGGCUCGUCGAUCCCUCCCAGCUGACCUCUGACCUCGGCGGUUCAUUGGAGUACGACCAUGUCGAAUGGACCGAGCUGCGUCUGGGUCUGGAGGAGUUCAUGGGGGCCGCCACACAGCUGCUGGCCCAGCUGGAGCAGCUGGAGGCCGGGCUGAACCGCAUACCGGAGCCCCAGGAUGUGGACGAGGCCCGCAAACUUCUGGAGGAACAUGGCCGUCUUCGUAACACCAUCGCCACGGCACCAGUCGACGCCCUCGAGCGAGAGGGACGGAGCUUGCUCCAGCGCAUGCGCCUGGGCCCCUCCCACAGUGACACCUCCACUGAAGGCAGUGGUGGCGGCGGUGGUAGUCACGGCAGCUGGCUGUCGGGCGGAGCAGACUUCCAGAGUGUUGCGCCAAAGGUUUCGUCUUUGCUGGACCGGCUGCAGGCGGCUCGCACUCACCUGCUGCAGAGCUGGAGCGACAGGAAGCUGCACCUGGAUCAGGCGCUGCAGCUGCACCUGUUUGAGCAGGAUGCCACCAAGAUGUCCGAGUGGAUCGCUCACAGUAAAGAACUGUUCGUGCAGAGUUUGGCGGAGGUCGGGCAGAACCACCAGCAUGCCCUCGACCUCCAGACACAGCACCAGCACUUCACCGCCAACUGCAUGAACGGCAGUGUCAACGUGGACAGCGUGGUUACUGUGGCAGCCAGGCUGGCAGAGGCCGGUCACUAUGGGGCAGAGCGAAUCGCCAUGGUGUCGUCGCGGCUUCAGGAAGACUGGAAGUCCCUGACGACGGCGCUGGAGGAGCGCAGCAACACGCUCGCCAUGGCAACCGGCUUCCACCAGGGGGCAGAGCAGUUCCUGCUCAAAGUGGAAGGUUGGGUUCAGGCGUGCUCUGAAGGCCCGUUGCCGUCGGCGACAGCAGAGCUGGAGGCUGCAACAAAGAAACACCAGGAGCUGAAUGAGGAGAUCUCUGCCAACUACACCCAGGUCAGUGAGAGCGGGAAAGCCUUAUUGGACGUCCUCCAGCGUUGCCCGGCAACCGAAUCCGAGGAGUCGACGGCCAAACCGGACUUCACAGCUGCCACGCACGGCAUCAUGGGAGUUCUGCACCAGGUCAUGCAGGGACACCAUGAGGUGGAGGUGGCGUGGCAGCACCGGAAGCUCCGCCUCCACCAGCGCCUGCAGCUGUGUGUGUUUCAGCAGGAUGUGAGACAGGUGUUGGACUGGGUGGAGCAGCAUGGUGAGGUCUUCCUGAACAAACACAGCGGGGUGGGAAAGUCUCUGCACCGAGCGCGAGCGCUGCAGAAACGCCACGACGACUUCCAGCAGGUGGCACAGAACACGUACACUAACGCAGAGAAGCUCCUGGAAGCAGCCGACCAGCUGGCUCAGUCAGGAGAGUGUGAGGAGGAGGAGAUCUACCAGGCUGCCAGGGACCUGGAGCUCCGCAUGCAGGCCUUCAUCCAGAGGGUGGAGCAGAGGAAGCUGCUGCUGGACCUGGCUGUGUCCUUCUACACCCACACCAAGGAGCUCUCAGUGUGGAUGGAGGGUCUCCAGAAGCAGCUGACCUCUGACCCGUGUAUUUGUCCCGACACCGUAGAGUCUCUUCAGUCUCUCAUCAGUCAGCAGCAGCAGCAACAGGCCAACACACAGGAAGCUGCGAUGAGUGUCAUCCGGGAAGGAGAAGACCUCAUCCUCCAACUCAGGCCCCAGGGCAGCUCAGUAGCUCACGUGGAGACGGUGCUGCAGCAGCUGGAGGAGUCUCACGUUCAGCUUGAGGAACUUUUCCACCAGAGGAAGAUCCGACUGGACGUGUACCUGCAGCUACGCAUCCUGCAGCAGUGCACGCUGGAGGUAACGGGGGAAAUGGACGCCUGGAAGCAGGACCUCCAGAAACAGUCCCAGGACUUCUCUGCAGAGAAGCUAGCAUCGCCGCGCAUGCCAGACGCAAACCAGGAUAAGCUUGCCCAGGACAAGCUGGGACUGGGCCAGUCGCGGCUGGUGGAGGCUAGCCCAGAGGUGCUAACGCUAGCACAGCAGCGCAUCCACAGGCACAUGGAGCGACGGCUGGCCAUGAACAACAUGAUCUAUGAGGUCAUCCAACAAGGUCAUGACCUUCAGCAGUACAUAACCGAGGUCCAGGCAUCAGGUAUUGAGCUGUCUGAGGCGGAGGGGGGUCUCUCAGCUCAGGUGGACGAGCUGCAGCGCCUCCUGCAGGACAAACAGAAGGAGCUGCAGCAGAUUGCAGAUCACACACACACACACCUGGAGCAGAACCUGCAGCUGAGACACCUGCAGAGUCAGGUCAAACAGGCUCUGGAUUGGCUGCAGCAGUCAGGUGACCACUACCUGUCUACGCACACGUCGCCAGGGGCAACAGUGACCGAGACGCAAGAACUGCUGAACCAGCACCGAGAGUUCUGCGUGUCGGCCAAGCACACACAGGAGAAGGUUCACCUGCUCAUCCAACUGGCUGAGAGCAUGCUGGCCAAAGGCCACGCCCACCGCGCCGAGCUCCGCCGCUGCGUCUCCACUGUGGAUAAACGUUACCGCGACUUCACCGUCAGGAUGGGGCAGUACCGUCACCUGCUGGAGACGGCGCUCGGAGGCUGCUCGCAGGACAAUAAGGACUUGGAGCUGGAGCUGAUCCCCAACAGUCUGUCUGACUCGGACCCCGAGGUCAACCUGUCUGACCCGAGUCACCAAGUCAGCGAUGAGAAGAGACGCUCCGCCCGCAAGAAGGAGUACAUCAUGGCUGAACUCCUCCAAACAGAGCGAGUCUACGUCAGAGACCUGCAGGAGUGUAUCGAGACGUACCUGUGGGAGAUGACGAGCGGCUCUGAGGACGUCCCACCUGGUCUGUCCAACAAGGACGAAAUCGUGUUCGGAAACAUCCAGGACAUCUACGAGUUUCACAACAGUAUUUUCCUGAAGGAGCUGGAAAACUACGAACAGCUUCCUGAGGAUGUCGGACACUGCUUUGUUACCUGGGCGGAUAAGUUCCACAUGUACGUGACGUACUGCAGGAACAAACCGGACUCCAGUUUACUGAUCCAGCAGCACGGCGUCGGAUUCUUCGAGGAGGUGCAGAGGAGACACGGCCUGGCUAACUCCAUCUCCUCCGCUCUCAUCAAACCAGUUCAGAGGAUCACCAAAUACCAGCUGCUGCUCAAGGAGCUGUUAGCGUGCUGCGAGGAGGGGAAAGGAGAGAUAAAGGAAGGUCUGGACGUCAUGCUGAGCGUCCCCAAGAGAGCCAACGACGCCAUGCACGUUAGCAUGCUGGAAGGUCUGGAGGAGGGUCUGGAGGUGCAGGGCGAGCUCCUCCUGCAGGACUCCUUCCUGGUUUGGGAGCCCAAGUCCCUGAUCAGGAAGGGGCGGGACAGACACCUCUUCCUGUUUGAGCUGUCACUCAUCUUCAGCAAGGAGAUCAAAGACUCAUCGGGACGAACCAAAUAUCUGUACAAGAGCAGGCUGAGGACCUCAGAGCUCGGGGUCACGGAGCACAUAGAAGGGGAUCCCUGUAAGUUCGCUCUGUGGGUCGGACGAACGCCAACGUCCGACAACAAGACGGUCCUGAAGGCGUCUUCGCUGGAGCUGAAGCAGGAGUGGGUCCGCAGCAUUAGACAGGUGAUCCAGGAGAGGCGGGGACACCUGCGGGGGGCGCUGCGGGAGCCCAUCCCCCUCCCCAAGACACCAAACCCCACCCUGGGGCGACAGCGCAGCAUCAGCCGCAGGGAGACCAGUGAGGACGCAGACAGUCUGGGUGAUGCCAGCAGUCAGCCUGACACCGUCUCCAUCGCCUCCCGAACGUCACAAAACACUGCAGACAGCGACAAGCUCUCAGGAGGCUGUGAGUUAGUGGUGGUGUUGUUGGACUUCACCUCCGGAGGACCAGGAGAGCUCAGCGUCCGCUGUGGACAGACUGUGGAGCUGGUGGAACGCUCUGCCGAACGGCCCGGGUGGUGUCUGGUCAGAACGACAGAUCAAACGCCUCAGCAGGUAACCAAUCAAACGUCUCCUCAGCAGGUAACCAAUCAAACGUCCCCUCAGCAGGUAACCAAUCAAACGUCUCCUCAGCAGGUAACCAAUCAAACGUCCCCUCAGCAGGUAACCAAUCAAACGUCUCCUCAGCAGGUAACCAAUCAAACGUCCCCUCAGCAGGUAACCAAUCAAACGUCUCCUCAGCAGGUAACCAAUCAAACGUCCCCUCAGCAGGUAACCAAUCAAACGUCUCCUCAGCAGGUAACCAAUCAAACGUCCCCUCAGCAGGUAACCAAUCAAACGUCUCCUCAGCAGGUAACCAAUCAAACGUCCCCUCAGCAGGUAACCAAUCAAACGUCUCCUCAGCAGGUAACCAAUCAAACGUCCCCUCAGCAGGUAACCAAUCAAACGUCCCCUCAGCAGGUAACCAAUCAAACGUCCCCUCAGCAGGUAACCAAUCAAACGUCCCCUCAGCAGGUAACCAAUCAAACGUCCCCUCAGCAGGUAACCAAUCAAACGUCCCCUCAGCAGGUAACCAAUCAAACGUCCCCUCAGCAGGUAACCAAUCAAACGUCCCCUCAGCAGGUAACCAAUCAAACGUCCCCUCAGCAGGUAACCAAUCAAACGUCCCCUCAGCAGGUAACCAAUCAAACGUCCCCUCAGCAGGUAACCAAUCAAACGUCCCCUCAGCAGGUAACCAAUCAAACGUCCCCUCAGCAGGUAACCAAUCAAACGUCCCCUCAGCAGGUAACCAAUCAAACGUCCCCUCAGCAGGUAACCAAUCAAACGUCCCCUCAGCAGGUAACCAAUCAAACGUCCCCUCAGCAGGUAACCAAUCAAACGUCCCCUCAGCAGGUAACCAAUCAAACGUCCCCUCAGCAGGUAACCAAUCAAACGUCCCCUCAGCAGGUAACCAAUCAAACGUCCCCUCAGCAGGUAACCAAUCAAACGUCCCCUCAGCAGGUAACCAAUCAAACGUCCCCUCAGCAGGUAACCAAUCAAACGUCCCCUCAGCAGGUAACCAAUCAAACGUCCCCUCAGCAGGUAACCAAUCAAACGUCCCCUCAGCAGGUAACCAAUCAAACGUCCCCUCAGCAGGUAACCAAUCAAACGUCCCCUCAGCAGGUAACCAAUCAAACGUCCCCUCAGCAGGUAACCAAUCAAACGUCCCCUCAGCAGGUAACCAAUCAAACGUCCCCUCAGCAGGUAACCAAUCAAACGUCCCCUCAGCAGGUAACCAAUCAAACGUCCCCUCAGCAGGUAACCAAUCAAACGUCUCCUCAGCAGGUAACCAAUCAAACGUCCCCUCAGCAGGUAACCAAUCAAACGUCUCCUCAGCAGGUAACCAAUCAAACGUCCCCUCAGCAGGAGGGUUUACUGCCGAUGAGCGCCCUCUGUCUGUCACACUCCCACAGUGCAGCCGACAUGGAGGGGCUCAUCCCGGCCUCCACCACUUCCUCCAGCACCUCCUCUACGUGCACCACCACCUCCUCCUCCUUCAACUCGUCCUCCACCACCACCACCUCGUCCUCCAACGCGUCCAACUCGUCCUCUAACGUCAGCGCCGGGAGGGACUCCGCCCUGUACGGCUCCGAAGGUUCGGGGCUCCAGAUCACUGCCCAAAGUGCCACCUCCCCCACGGUGUAUGGAGUAGGCGGGGCUCCAGGGGGUGCCGCCGGCUCUCCGGGGCCCAAGCGCAGCGGAUCUGGAACUGGAAACACACUGAAGCGCUGGUUGACCAGUCCGGUCCGCAGGCUGAGUCAGGGAAAAGCUGACGGACAGAAGAAACCUCCAAUCAGAACCAGGAGGCGGGACAACAGGACGGAGCUGGCCACGCCCCUCACUGGCAACGCACAGAUGAAGGCGAGGAAGGAGGAGGCGGGGCAGAGUGGAGGGGAGGAGGAGCCAGAGGAGGAGAGCAGCACCCCGCUACCACCUCCCAUGCAGAUCAUCAAAGACCCAAACAACCCCGAGGCUCUGGACUCGGAUCAGGGCUCUAACGAGUCGGACACGGAACAGAGGAACAAAGCCCUGAGAGGACGCAUGUUUGUGGUCAACGAGAUGAUCCAAUCAGAGAAGGACUACGUGAAGGAUCUGGGCGUGAUUGUGGAGGGCUUCAUGUCCAGGCUGGAGGUCCGAGGAAUCCCAGAGGACAUGAGAGGAAAAGACAAGAUCGUUUUCGGAAACAUCCAGCAGAUCUACGACUGGCACCGCGACUUCUUCCUGGUGGAGUUGGACCGCUGCGUUCAGAAUCAUGACCUGCUGGCCGAUCUCUUCAUCAGACACGAGCGCCGCCUCCACAUGUACGUGGUCUACUGUCAGAACAAGCCGAAGUCAGAGUUCAUCGUCAUCGAGUACGAGACCUUCUUUGAGGAGAUCCAGCACGAGAUCAGCUGCAGGAUGUCGAUCAGUGACUAUCUGAUCAAACCCAUCCAGAGAAUCACCAAAUACCAGCUGCUGCUGAAGGAUUUUCUAAAGUACACGUCUAAAGCAGGACUGGACUGUGACGAGAUCGAGAAAGCCGUGGAGCUGAUGUCGCUGGUGCCGAAGCGCUGCAAUGAUAUGAUGAACCUGGGACGCCUGCAGGGAUACGAGGGGAAGUUGACGUCUCAGGGGAAGUUGCUGCAGCAGGAGACCUUCUGUGUUUGGGAGCAGGACGGAGGAGUUUUAUCUCGCAGUAAAGAGCGCCGAGUUUUCCUGUUCGAACAGAUCGUCAUUUUCAGCGAGCUGCUGCGCAAAGGUUCCAACAACCCGGGGUACCAGUUCAAGAAUAGCAUCAAGGUGAGUUACCUGGCGAUGCAGGACAGCGUGGACGGGGAUCCCUGUAAAUUCGUCUUGUGGUCUCGUGGCUCUGCGGAGCGCUUCACGCUGCAGGCGUCCUCCGCCAGCAUCAAGUUGACCUGGGUGGAGACGAUAGCCACCCUGUUGGACGCACAGAACAACUUCCUGUCAGCUCUUCAGUCUCCCAUUGAGUACCAGAGGAAGGAAGGCGGGAUCUCCGUGACCCGCCCUUUGUCGUCAGGGCGACCACCGUCAGCUCCACCUACACCCAACGGCCAUGCCCCUCAGCCUCAUCCUGAGAGUGAGCAGGACGACCAGGAGUUGGUACUGGUGCUGCAGGACUUCGUGGCGGUUCGGGAGGACGAGAUCUCUGUGUUUCGAGGGGAGAAGGUUCAGAUUUUGGCAUCCAACCAGCAGGGUCAGAGUUUGGUGUACCGGCCAGCCAACAGCGACUCGCCGGCCGCUGAGGGCUGGGUGCCACGCAGCGUGCUCAACACACACUGACACAUACACAAUAACACCCCGACAGCAGAGUCCGGUUUACAACAUGUACACAUAUGACAUACUGCACGCUAUCAGGGCCCAAGGCAUGUUGGGAAACUUUGUAUAUUGGUGAGAGGUGGAGCCUGUAGAUGGCGCCUAAAGCUCGUUCAGUACAACCCAAAAAUAUUGAAACAACUGCUGACCAUGGUGAAGCCCUGAUGUUUCCUGCGGUGCCACCAUCAGGGAAACUUUCCGUUUGGCCAGGACGACUACACCUGUUAAUGUCUCACCAUUGUCGGUCACUUCCUGUUAAUUUCUCGCUAUUGUCUGUUACUUCCUGUUCACUUUUUUGCCAUUGUCUGUUACUUCCUGUUAAUUUCUCGCUAUUGUCGGUCACUUCCUGUUAAUUUCUCGCCAUUGUCAGUCACUUCCUGUUAAUUUCUCACCAUUGUCAGUCACUUCCUGUUCAUUUUUUUGCCAUUUUUGGUUACUUCCUGUCAUUUUUCUCGCCAUUGAAAGUUUGAGUUAAAACUACCGUGUGUUUUAGAAAAUAAAGCAAAGACUUUAAACAAAAUAAAAGCCCCGUCCCCUCAGAUCUGUCUGGCGGCCUAUCUGCGGGGUCCCGACCCUCAUGUCGGGACACGUAUUGCCCUCUCUAGGCUCCGCCCUCGGGCUCUGAUUACCUGCAGUAUUAAAACACACACACACAACCAAUCCCAGCAGCAGGUACUGUUAGUCUCCUCCCUCCUUCCUGGUGCUUCAACAUUCAGCCAAAACACACCUCCGUCCUCGCCUCGUCCAAUCAGAUGCAGGCGUCAGGUCGGCCUCCAGUUUACUGCCCCCAAGCAAAACCGAUCGCACUCUGACAACAUCACAAACUGUUCCCUGUGUGGGUCAAUGGGAGGGAGACCGCAUCAUCAUCAUCAUCAUCACCAGACAGACUGGGAUUCCAGGAAGCUGUGGUUGCCUAGCAACAAGAGACAAUAUAUAAAAAAAAUAAAUAAUAAAAGUUUAAAAAAAAAAAGGUUCCUGGAAGAGAAGAGGUGAAAAAGACCUGUCAGCCAAUCAGAACUGAGCUCUCUCUGCGUGUCAUCCUGUUAAAUAGUGUGUAUAAACAGACUGAGGACACACACACACACUCCAUACACACACACACCACUGCUACGACGACGACGAUGAAGAUUAAUAUGAAGAUUAACUACGAUGAUAAUUAAGAAUAUUAGAAUCUGUUUUUCACCUCAAUUAGAAACGUUUGUCAUAUUAAUGUUUGUGUGUGAGAGAGCGCGCGUGUGUGUGUGUGUGUGUGUGUGUUAGUGACGACGUCCUGUGUGUGCGUGUGUUUUUCCACGGACAGUUAGGUGGUGUCCUGGUGUAGCGUUGCCAUGACGACUCGUGUUUGGCGGUGACACCAGGUUUUUUUUGUUUGUCUUUUUAGCGGACCAGAGCCGCCACCCUCCCCCCUCCCCCCUCCCCUUACCCCCUCCUUCUCCUCUCUGCCGUUACCACAGCAGCUGGCUGCGGCAGGGGCGGAGCCUGCCCCCUCCUCCCCGCCCCAGCCCCCCCCCCCCGUGCGUGCAGCUCUGGUUAGUUUGGAUAUUAUGCAUUUCUUGUUCCUGUAAAUAGACCAGACCUCCAACUGCUACUCCAAACUAACUCUGGACACUGUCUGUCUCUCUGUCCGCCCGUCUGUCCGUCCGUCUGACAGACAGAGGCGCAGCGACUCCACCUACUGUGACCGUCUGUUUCUACUGAAGCUGUAACCUUCCACACGCUCUCUACCUGUCUCUCUCUGCCUGUCUCUCUACCUCUCUGUCUUUCUCUCUCUGUCUCUCUGGUGCCAUUCUCAGACAACACCCCGGUCCUUAAGGAGCUACGCCGCCUCCCGAGUGCACGACGGGGGCGCCGAGGCGGGAAGUAGUGCACUGUGAAGGGUGUAGGGAGAGACGCAGCAAACUAGGAGGGUGGAAUGCUGCCUUCAAAUGCAGCUGGUGAGGUUGAACUUUCGGAAACCAGCGUGGUGCUGGUUAAGAGCAACACACACCGGUACAAAAUAAACACGUAGCUUCUCAUGUGUUAUCGUCCAACGCCUUCACAGGUUGACAGUCCACAUGUUAAUGCUCAUUCAUUUUCCAUAACUGCGUAUCCUGUUAGGGGUCACAGGGGGCGGAGCCUAUCUCAGCUGACACUGGGUGAGAGGCAGGGUUCACCCUGGACAG